GCUUGGCUAACGUGCUGCUAAGGCCAGCCAAUUCCACGUCCAUCAAAGGGUCUAUGCAACAGACCUAACGUCAGCUAGCUACUUUGUUUAGUCUAACGUUUGUAUUUUGACACUCGCUGGCACAACUGACUUUAGUUUAAACAAUAUUGUUGGCACCGAAAACCACAGUUUGCCAGCUGACGUUAGCUUUCAAGAGCCAUCUAGCUAGCUACUACUAGUCUGUUAGCCUGGCAUGUCAACAAAGAUCUUAGCACAGUAUAUCACACUAUCUGUCGUGACUGCUGGAGAGUCUGUUACAGACAUAUCAGAUAGCUAAGAUGUCUAAACUACCGCAGACAGACGGACAUUGUGACUGUUGCAAUGACUUACUGUAAUUGCAUGGUAAAAGUCAAUAUUGUACAGGUUCUUGGAUGUUGACAUAAGCUGACACUACUGUGUCACCAGCACUAUGUUACCGACCACCUUGCCGCAGAACGGAAGCCUGAGCGCCCGCGAUGCGGCACGCCACACAGCGGGCGCCAAGCGCUACAAAUACCUGAGGAGGCUGCUGCACUUCAAAGCCAUGGACUUUGAGUUUGCCGUGUGGCAGAUGCUCUACCUGUUCACCUCCCCACAGAGAGUGUAUCGUAACUUCCACUACAGGAAGCAGACCAAGGACCAGUGGGCCAGAGACGACCCUGCCUUCCUGGUGUUACUCAGCAUCUGGCUCUGUGUGUCCACAGUGGGCUUUGGGCUGGUGCUGGACAUGGGCUUUGUGGAGACUCUGAAGCUGCUGCUGUGGGUGGUGUUCAUAGACUGCAUCGGCGUGGGCCUGCUCAUCUCCACACUCAUGUGGUUCAUCACCAAUAAGUACCUGCUGAAGCCGCCCAGUAAGGACUAUGAUGUAGAGUGGGGCUACGCAUUCGAUGUGCAUCUCAAUGCCUUCUACCCCCUGCUUGUCAUCCUGCACUUCCUACAGCUCUUCUUUAUAAACCAUAUCGUAGUGAUAAACUCAGACUGGUUCCUGGGGUACUUUGUAGGGAACAGUCUGUGGUUGACAGCAAUCGGCUACUAUCUAUACAUUACAUUCCUGGGAUACAACGCCUUGCCCCAACUACAGAACACAGUGGUUCUGCUCUACCCCUUCGCCCUGCUAGUUCUCCUCUACAUCCUCUCUCUCUCCCUGGGAUGGAACUUCACCAAGGGCCUCUGCUGGUUCUACAAGUACCGCGUCCAGUAGACACUCUGGAGUCAGGACCAGAGCUCAGAGUCAGGUGGCUCUGAGGACUCAUGGACAAUGCUUUCAUUCUGGAAUGUGAUUGGAUGGGGUGAUGCAGUUUUGUAUACUUUGUAAAUAAUAAUUUGGCUGUAAGAUACACAAAUCGUGGAUUGUUUUUAAGAUUCUCGGUUUGUUUUCUUUUUUAUGACAUACUGAAAAUCUUGUUUAUUGAAGAGAAAUAGAAGUAAAUAAGUGGUGUUUCAAUUGGACUAAGGGGCAUUUCUCUGAGUGUACAUUCCUGAGCACUUUCAAUAAAGAGGUUUUACUUCA